CGAGCUGAAUGAGAGGUCUUGAUUGCUCUUGUCAUGGCUUUCAACAAGAAAUAUGCCGGUCUUCCAGAUCUUGACCUAGCCCCCGAUAUCUAUGAGACUCCUGACCUAACCGACGAAGCCUCCACUCUACCGACAGCGACGCUUCGCACCGUCUCCAAUGCGGACGAUGACGUCGGAUCGAAUCCCGAUAUCGAUCGCCAACCCGUCAACACGGACGAAGCGCGCGCCCAUUUCCUCGGAGCUACCGUCGACGCUCGUGAUGUCAAUUUCUCCGACAGCAUUGCAGUGAAGCGGAAGUCGUAUCGGAGUAAGAGUCAUCGGAGGCGAAGGAACGACCUGGGAGAAGACGAGUUGAGCGAGAGCGAGGAUGAGAGUUUGGAGCGGAAACUGGCGCGUCUGCGGAGAGAGGUGGAGGAGCUUAAAGAUGAAAUGAAUACGUCGCAGCAAGCUGAGACGGAGUCAAAGGAAACCCCUACCCCUGAUCAGGCCAAGGAGACCCUGGGUGAUGGCGUUGACGAACUGAGUCGGGCACUGGAUAACCUAUACGCUUCGUCGCGUGGUGCAUCAUCCCAAGCACAUUCGGCAGCCGCCGCUCUGUCCCAGAGGCUCGCGUCAAACUCUUCGAACCAGACCUCCGCGAAGCCGGAAUUAAACCAGAGCACGCCCGAAACAAGCACGUCACAAUCCUCUGCUGGUAUUCUUGCCCACGCCGCGGCCUUUGAUGCGCGACUGGCCUUAAUCGAGUCUGCAAUGGGCAUCUCGACUUCUUCAAACCCCUUCGUCUCCGAUGGGAUCUCCGAACCCGCGCUCCAACCCGUCCUUCCCGCCUUAGACCACCUCACUUCCCGUCUGUCCACUCUCACAACCCUCCUGGUCGGUCCGAACUCCGUCUCCGUGGUGCCGACGACGGGCUCCGGCCCUGCAUCGACCACAGUCACGACCCCCCAUCUCGAGAUGCUCUCUACCCGUGUCCGAAAACUGACCGCCGAUGCGGAAGCUCUCGCUUCAGCACGCAAACGCGCCCUCGACGCCGCCAAAGCUGCACAAAACGCCCGCAUCACGGCCGCUGCCAUCGAAUCCUCAUCGGACCUCUCCGUGUCCUCAUCUGCCGCCACCGAAGUCGACACCGCUGCUACCCAGCGCGACGAACAGGAAACCAAGAUCCAAGCCCUCUAUGCCACCCUGCCAACCAUCCAAUCCCUCCACCCUAUCCUCCCUAGUGUCCUAGAGCGUCUCCGCUCCCUCCGUGCCAUCCACGCUGGAGCGGCGCAAGCCUCUGAAUCGCUGGACGAGCUGGAGAAGCGUCAUGCCGACAUGGCGGGAGAGAUUGAGCAGUGGCGACAGGGUCUGAAAGUGGUCGAAGAAAAGAUGAACAAGAGCGAGACAACACUGAAGGGAAAUAUCGAAUUGGUCGAACCUUGGGUCCACGAUCUCGAGAAGAGAAUGGAGCGUCUGGAGUCCUAAUAAGAAAAAGAAGAAGAAGAAGAAAACGACAACAACAAACGACAGAUGAUAGUCGACCGAAUACAGUCCUAGGGCUGAAGAGGGGGUAGGUAGGAUGGGAUAUUCAUGAUGAUUUUGACAAUUAGUACGUACGGACGUACGUACGGCCCUCGUGGAAAACCCGCAAGAACGAGACGAGACGAGACGAGACAUAUGCAGGACAUAUCACCCCGUGCGGAUUCGGGUAUAUACUUCUUCUCUCCGCACAUUUAUCUUAUCUGGACAUAUCAUUAUCCCAUUAGCAUAUCCACCUAGUAAAUUUCUAAUCUUGCGAGUUUCAAUACCCAGAAAUGCAGUAUGAAGUCCAUAACAUUACAGUGGGAUUGACCGACAUAUUAUACAUUACAUCAAUAGAGUA